CUAUCCCGGCUCGCCUGACAGACGGAGGCAGUCCUCCUCUCCUUCCACCUACCUGUCUGUCCGCCUGUUUACACGUCUGCCUUUAAACGUGCAGAUAGAGCUCGGCGAUGGAAACGCCUGUGGACCGGGGCUCUUGCUCUCUCCCCCACCGGAGACGCGCCAACUCACAGGACAAAUAAGGCGUCAAAGGACAAACACCGGCUUUCAACGGAAACCACCAACACCACCACCACCGCUACUGCUGCUGUUGCUCCUGCUCCUCGUCACUGCUCGCCACUGUGUCCCUCUUCUUCUUCCUACUCCUCCUCCACCUCCUCCUCCUCCUCCUCCUCCUCUUCCUCUUCCUCUCCGUGAGCACGUCUUCGCAAACAGAUGCCCUGCUCGGGAAGUUACGACCAAGACACGGAUAAAUCCUCCCAAGUCUCCAGCUUUGAAGAAGCGCUCUCGCCCGAAGGAUUCCCUCCUCUCUGAGCCUGCAGCCCUCCGACUCCAACAACAAACUCUUCAGCCGCUCCAAUAAGGAAACCUCCCACUACUCAGAUCGAGGCUUCUGAGAAAUGAGCUGCCAAUGAAUCUCCUUCAAGAUCAUCUACUUGGCCUGGAGGUCUUUUAGAGGGUAGGACCUCCUCGCCACAAUGAAAGGCUUGGGGACCAACCGUAACAGACACCUGUCUGAUUCCUGUGACCCUUCCACAGGCCAUUCAGAGGCCCUCUACCCUCAGAAGACCAGCACGCUGCCACGCAGCCCAUAUCUCCUGAGUCCUGCAAUGGACCACUAUGGCACCAUGGACCCCCACCUUUACCCCUCAGCCAACCCGGGCUCCCUUCCUCCAGAUUGCAUGCUGCCCCUCAAUAACCAGCUGUCCAACAGCAGCACAUUUCCCAGGAUCCACUACAACUCUUAUGACCAGUCUGACUUCUCUCCUCCCGGGGACAGCAUUGGGGGGAUAAGUACAGGGACUAUGGGGACAUCAAUGUCCAUGGGCAUGGGGACGGGCAUGGGAAUGACAGGGCUGAGUGGACGCACACCUAUGAUUACGAGCGGCUCGGCGACUAUAUCGCAUCACAUGACAAAGAACCAGGCGCCGCACAGUCUGCUGGAGUUUGAUAAGCAGCUACCCGGGGGUCGUGACGGAUUCAGCACGCUGCAGUUUCAUCGAACGUCCGCUGUUGCUGCUGCUAAGCAACGUACAGACAGUCCCGGUCGCAUUCGUUACAUGCUGCACUCAGUGCAAAAGCUGUUUGCAAAGUCCCAGUCACUAGAGAGCCACAACAUGAAGGGAAAUGUCAAUGGACGCUCUACUGGCAGCGGCGGAGGCUCAUCUAGCACCGAGGACGGAGGGAAACAGAAUCGGAGAGCCAAAAGUAAAGACCGGAGUACAAAAUCAGAGGCGACCGCCAAGCGAAGGCCACGCUCCAACAUGUCCGGCUACUGGAGCUCAGACGAUUUGGACAGCAGUGAUUUGAGCAGCUACCACAACACCAUGGCCAUGAUGACCCUAGGACGUCCAACUGGCCAUGAAAGUCAGGGAGGGCAGAGCAGAUACAUCCACAGUGGUUACAACACUAUCAGCUCUUCUAAAAGCACCAAUGACAUGAAGUUUCAGGCACUUCCUGGGCCUGGGGGUGGAGGAGGUGGUGGACUUGGUGGAACGGGAGGUAUGGUUAUGAAUGAUAAUGACUAUAUGAAAGGAGGGUCUUGGUCCACACUGACGAUGGGCCACCCGAGACAGGUGAUCCAGAAAGGCUCAGCUACUCUGGACAGGUCCAUGCUGAAGUCCAAGUCCUGCCAACAGGAACUGACCUGCAACUACCUGCAGGUUGGACGAAGGAGUGACUGGAGCAGCACAUUAGGCCGCAGCGGGGGUGCCAAUGAAAUCCCGUGUCGGCGGAUGCGGAGUGGGAGCUAUGUAAAAGCCAUGGGAGACAUGGAAGACAGCGACGAUUCGGAGGGGAGCCCCAAGCCCUCUCCAAAAUCUGCUGCUCGCCGCCAGAGCUACCUCAGGGCUACACAGCAGUCUCUGAGCGACCAGCUACCCCCACGCAACAGAACCCUGGAUUUCACCUUCUUGCAGGGGGAGCUGGAUGCGCUGUGGUCUCCACUCCACAGUGUGUCCUCUCUGCACCAGCUGGGCAGGUCAAUGAGCAGCUGUCUUCCAUCUCUCAGAGAGCUCUCCAAUAACCGCAGCUUGGACAACCUGGACUGCAUUGGGGGUACGGGCUCCUCUUUGCCGCUCUGGGAUGACGAUGACUUCAGCCAGGCCUGCAGUACCUUGGGCAGACGUAGUUGCCUGGGACAGCUACGAGACCUGGAAAGGAGUCAUCAUUACGAAGACCACAGCUCAGAGUCAACAUUCAGAGAUUCACGUUCCCACUCUCAGGACAACUCGGAGCCUCCAGAUCUGCCCAUGCCGACGUGCUUCCGAUCCCGCAGCCACAGCUACCUGAGAGCAAUCCAGGCAGGCUGCUCCCAAGAUGACGACACGGCGUCCAUAGACUCAGGCUGCUCCCCGCCUCCCACUGACACCACUGUUCGCACCUACAGCACCAGCACUGACGGCCUUUCUGCACAAUGGAAGACAUGGAAAGAACAGUUUGGCUCUUACCUGAUAGCUGCAGGCUUGGACAAAGCCCCAAAGGAGAAACAACUUGCAAUUUUUCUUCAACGUUUUGGGACAGACAGACCACGCAUCCUACCCCCACACACAGUCUCCACAUGCAUAACCACCUGUAAGAAGGUUGCGCCUCCGCCCGUGCCGCCCCGUACCACCUCCAAGCCCUACAUCUCGGUGACGGUGCAGAGCAGCACGGAGUCAGCCCAGGACAACUACUUGGACCAGCACGACAGGAGGUCCGAGGUCAACAGCCAGUCGAGCCACGCUCACAGCAACUCCUCUGACAGCCUCGACAGCACCCGCGCCAACAGCCUGGCUCGGGGCAUCCGCCGUCCUCCGCACAUUAUCCCCACUCCCAUCGCCACCCCGAGAGAGCCGAUCGCCCCCGCCACCGCCAAUGCUUCCACUGAGACAAGUGACUCGGUAGUACAGCACGAAUCCCUGAAAUCAGCGUUUAACAAAGGGAAUCUAGCGGCAGAGGAGCCCCUAGUAGCUCCAGUACCCAGACGGAAACUUUCCUCCAUUGGUAUACAGGUCGACUGUAUUCAGGAAGUUCCACGAGAAGAGACCCCACCACUGGCCAAAUUUCAGUCAAUUGGAGUACAGGUGGAGGACGGGUGGCAACUCAGUCGCUCCAGUAGCAUGGCCUCAAAACAAGAAACCGACUCAGACACGCAGGACAUCCCCGUCAUCUCCCACAUCAACAAUGCCAAACCCUAUGAGAAGAAAAUCAUGGUCAAUAGUGCCAGCCAAUCCAUGAGCUCCCCCCCUGGACACGACUCGCUAGACAACGGAGACCCGGAAAUGGUCGACGCCUCUUCACCUCCGCCGCCCAGACAGAUCCUCAACCGCUCCACCACACGAAGCAGCUCUUCCUCUUUCUCUGAAAGCCUGGACCCAGCAUUGGAUCCCUCGUCUCUACCGCCUCCGGACCCCUGGCUGGACAGCGGGAACGGGGGCAUCAGCAGUGUCCCUCAGAGCGGAGGAGGAGGAGGAGGGGGAGGAGGAGGAGGAGGAGGGACGCUGUGUCGGAGAGACGGCCACUGGUUCUUGAAGCUGCUGCAGGCCGAGACGGGACGCAUGGAAGGCUGGUGCCAACAGAUGGAACAGGAAACCAAAGACAACCAACUCUCAGAGGAGGUGCUGGGGAAGGUUCGCAGUGCAGUAGGAAGUGCCCAGCUCCUUAUAUCUCAGAAGUUCCAGCAGUUCCGGGGACUGUGCGACCAAAACUUGAAUGUGAAUGCCAACCCGCGGCCCACAGCCCAGGACCUGGCUGGCUUUUGGGACCUUCUGCAGCUCUCCAUCGAGGACAUCAGUCUCAAAUUCGACGAGCUCUACCAACUCAAGUCUAAUGACUGGCAGCCCGUGCCAUCUGCGGCUGCCCAGUCGCCCCCUGAGCGGAAGGACGAGGAGAAGGCGGCUCCUCCGGCGUCAAAGAAGCCUGGUAAGGGGCGACCGACACUGGGCCGCGAGAAGAGCGCCGACUCUUCAUCCACCUCUUCUUCGGCUUCGGCAGAGAAGCAGAGGCAAGAGGCUCGCAAGCGCCUGCUGGCUGCUAAGAAGGCUGCCUCGUUUCGCCAGAACUCCGCCACAGAGAGCGCAGACAGCAUCGAAAUUUAUGUCCCCGAGGCCCAGACUCGCCUCUGAGAGAGAGAGAGGAAGAAAGAUGUAGGUUCGGAUCAAAGGACAGAUAAGUGGCACUGAAACACCUGGAUACAGGAGAGGACGUUUUUUUUUCUUUUUUGUUUUUUGCAAUGCAAAUGAGCUAUCCUGAGUGAAGAUGGAUUGAUUGAGAAAGGGGGUAGGAGAGAUUCCCACAGAAUUGGGUUUGGGGGGGGUUGACACAUUAAUACAAUUAUAGGCUGGUCCUGGUGGCAUCAAAGAUAAUUAAAUAAAACUGAACCCAACAGACUACGAAACAGGAGACUCCUCGUUUGAGGCUGCCAUCGAAAACCUCAGCCGAAGGACUUUGUGGUUUCUUCUUACUAUUCUUGCUAUCAUAAAAAAAAAAAAAAAUGUUAAUGAAGGUAUUGUUAUUAUGACAACUAUAUCCUAAAGAGUCUAUAUGAAGACUGUUUUAAAGGUUCCUGUAUCCUGGCUAUAAGAUCUAUUAAGCUGACGGAAGGCAAUCUGUAAUGCUUUCCUGUCUCCCAUCCUCCUGCUCUAUUCUUCCCAGAUCAUUGGCCAUCUUGUAGCUUUGCACAACACCACCUUGUGGCCAUCGCACGCACACUGCACACGCACUACAAACAUAUGUACGUCUUCCUUGUAUUUAUUUACUUUAUCCAUUCUUUGAUUUAUAUAAAAAUCCAUUUAGAUCAAGUUAUGUUUUAAUAUUUUUGGUAUGAUGCUAUUGAAAGCCAGGUCUGAAUGGGGUAUUUAUAUACAGUGGUAUAUAGCUAGCGGUUAAUUCUUGUGUGUGUCACUUUUUUUUUUCUUUUUUUUUUUUUAAACACUGGAAAAUCUGUUUCUCAAUGGUUUUGAAGGAACGCACAUCCCAAUAUCAAACAAGACCAAGCGUGAGGAUCUCUGACUGACUCAGAAUGGACAGAGGCCAAACGAUGCACUGAAUAUUGUUUUCUUUGUAGGGAGGGGAAACUCUUUUAGACCUUUCUCUCAUCCAUUACCUUUGGUUUUCGUGUUUGGGUUGUAAAUAUUUCACAAAUUUAGUUCCACCUGUCUACACAUCUUUAAGUGCUUUUUAUUAAGCCUACUUAGCAAACAGCUCCGAAAUGAAUCCAGGCCUUUUCGUUAAAGUCCUGCAGCAGGUUAAUUAGCGCUUCACUUUUCUUUCCCCCACUGAACGGCACACAGAUUACUUUUUCAUUCAAAAGUUCUCAUUAAAGCAUUACAUACAUAGCCACUGUGUUUUCAUCAUUAUUCAAUCCCACUUCCUUUUUCAGUUGUUUUUCGUUUUUUUUUGUGUGUGUGUGUGUUUAACUAAAGAUUGUAAGCCAAAGAUGAAUUCACAGUUUCAGAUUCAUCUCAUAAAAAUGUCAGCGGCAGGGAGCUCGACGGUCGACUGUGAAAACAGAUGAAGGGGACCAUAGCCACAGACACGUACUGAUUCAACAUUUUGAUAUGCAUGUCCCAGGAAGCUUAAGCUGAGUAGUGCAACGACACAGGUUAGUAGUCGUGCUGGAGCGUUGAGGGUCAGGACACGCCCCUCCUUUGAUGCCGAAAACUCUUCAUUUCAAGUUUCGUUUCUGACCUCUGGAGGGCAACAGUGGUUUGUUUUUUGAUUUACGCACACUGUAUGAAUACGCAUUGACAUAGUAGGGGAAUGUCACCCUGGUUUGCAUUGAGCCAACACAUUGCAUUAAUUGCACAUAUUUGUUGACCUCUGUUUAAUGUGAAUCCAUUCUGCAGAACACAGGAAGAAGGGGGAAAAAAAACGCUCAGUCAUACACCCUGACAUGCCUUACAUCAACCGCUGUCGCAUGCCUGUCUUCCACUCACAUUUGGUUUCUUCCAAAUGGCACGGAAAUAAAACCCAACUGUCCUGUCCUAAUUACUUAUGUUAAACUUCCCUCUUUGGCUGCAGCGUCGCCCCUUUUCUCACCCAGCCCUGGGCUUUGAAUUAGAAAAAGAACCUCAAUAACCACCAUUCUCAUUGCUCUGUCGCGGCGAGGGCUUUCUCUUGACGGUGGGGCCAUUGUUUGUCUGUUGUGUUUGCCUGCUGGGACGACUCGGCAAGGAAAAUGGCUCAGGGGUGUCAAUAGCCAGUUCCCUGUCUUCUGUCAAUACUCCUCCUUCCAUUUGACUGGGCUGGAUAGCAUCGUUAGCACCUGAAGGGCUUUUGUGUGACUCAAACUCGGCCGUUGACUUGAUUUGAUUUUUGACUGCCAGGAAGAGAUUGUGUCUGACAAGUGGUUUUCCAAAAGAAAAAAAAAAAGGAAAGUUGUCUCCUAAAUAUGCAAACAGUUCAACUUAUAGUCAAUAGUUUUAUAUAUAUAUAUUCGCCAUCUUGUGACAAUGCAAUGUUCUGCUGGGAAACUUUUGGACCUGGCAUUUGUGUGGAUGUUACUUAAACAUGUUGCACCCACCUAGACCACACCAUGCACCCCCACCCCAUAGCAAUGACACAAUAAGAUGCAGCAACAACUCCAAAAACAACACAUAAGAAAAAAGAAAAAAAAAGCAGCACAAGGUGUUGACCUGGCCUCCAAAUUCACUAGAUCCCAAACUGAGAGCAUCUCACAUCUGUGGGGCGCACUGGAACAAGCCUGAUCCACAGAGGCCCCUCCCCUCAACCCAUAGGACACAAAGGGCCCCACUAACAACAUUCUGUUACCAGACACCACAGGACGCCCUCAGAAGGCCCGUGUCCAUUCUCUGAUGAGUCACAAAUGUUUUGGAGGUAGACCUACGCAACACUAGGAAGGUGGUCAUAAUGUUAUGCCUGAUCUGUGUAUGUUGAAAAUUUUGGAUUCUUAUUUUCUCCACGUUUCACACUUUGUUGCGUAACACCAAUCCCUGCCCUCAACCUUCCUAACUCAAAGCUUGUAGGUCUGUGUCUGAGUCGAACGCACACAAUGUGUUGUACGCUGAGGGGGGGGGGAGUGUGGUUCUACGAGCUAGCCAUCGCGGAGAGACGCGUAAAAUGCCAAGAGAUGUCAGUGACAUGCUUUAAGUGACAAAAGAAAACUCAGCUCAUGCAUUUAAAUAAGGCUUUUCUCCAAUACACACAUAUCUCUGAGACACAUCUAUUUCCUGGCCGGGGGUUAGCCAUGAUUCGAAGGAGGAGGGGGGUUAGCGCCCUAUAAAAGCCAUUGAUUUGGGGGUGAUAAUGGCCCCCUAUGUGUAUGUAUGUAUGGGGUUUGAUGGACGUCACCUUUUCAAGUGCAGUCAAAAGCUUCAACAGCGGUCUGUUUUUUCGAUUUAGUUUUGAGAAGUUCCUUUAGACGCUAGUGCGGUUAAUCUUCCUUCGACCAGAGUAAUAAAGUCAGUGGAAUACGUCCAUGAACGUGACAAAGCGGUCAUCUAAGCGUUAAACGAGAGAAAGAGGAAUUUGUAUUUUACAUUGUGGUAUUGGUUAAAAUUGUACCAUCUCUUCUAUGAUACAAUCGUACCCUUCCCUUUUCUCUUCUUUCUCUAAAAAUGGGUAUGACGUUAUAUAAAGCGUACCUAUACUAUGAGAUUAUUGUAUGUAUUUGCUGAUUUUUUGGGGCAUGCCUGGAAAAAAAAAACAAAAAAUAACAACUUUGCCUGGUAAAAGCUAAAGAAAGAGAGUUACCUCAGCUGGGAUAACUACCAGUGAUUCUCCUCCCAUACAGUACUCUGAAGGCCUGCUUGCAAAAAAACAACAACAAAAAAAGGCUCAUUAGCAUCUCUGCUUUGUUCCACUAAGUUGAGCAUAAAACUGGGGAAACGGGUGAGGGCCAGAGGCUCUUACCACCACAAGAGAUACGAUGUAGCAAAAGAAGAAAAAGAAAAAAAGUGUAAAAAAAAAUACUAGAACAAAUAUUUUAUGAAGCAAGCACAUAUUUUAAAGACUAGGAUCUGUUCAUUAAAUUACUCUAUAGGCUGUGUGUGUGUUUCAGGGUUUGAUAGUAAAAUUUAAAAAAAAAAAAAAAAGGUUGUACCAUCCUCCGAGACGACGUCGUGAGUGGGUGUGUCGUUCAUAAAAUGAGAUUUACCUAGUUUCUUGUCACUAUACUCUGGUAACAUUUAAAGUAUAUGUGCAAUACUGAGUUAAAGGGUUCUUCUUUGAUAUUAAGAUGAAACUAAUAGUAAUAAUAAUGAUUUAUCCCCUACGUGCUUCUUAAAGUCGUCCUCUGUAAAUAGAAAUCUUUUACAAUGCUGUAGACCUAUUUAUACUAUUUCAAGGUUGUUCAAAUGUAUAAUGCAGAGACGUAACAUUCAAUAAAAUGCACACGAUACUUUCUCAAAAA